AUGGCCUCCCAAUUAAAACUGGGACAAUUAAUUAAUCGAGGCACCAAACUAGUUUCUCUCAGAUAUUCUUCGUAUCUUGCUCCUAAACCAGCUCUAAGCUACAGACCAGCACUCUGCCGUCCUACUAUAAACAAUAAAAUGAGACUAGUCACGAUCUCCAACUCCAUCAAGGACGCCCUGACAAAGAGCGAGGUCGUCCCAACCGUCAUCCACUCCGACUCCUUCACUCCUAAAGGCUUCCUGAUCAUCUCCUACGGCCCGGACAAGGAAGUCGCCAUGGGAAACACGCUCGCCGUCAAGGAGACCCAGCAGAAGCCGGACUUGGCCUUUACACUCAAUCUUUCGAAAGACACUGACCCGGACUUUUCGAUUUCGAGCUCCGACAGAUUCGCCCUGGUGCUCACCGAUCCAGACGCACCGACAAAGGGCGACGAGAAGUGGUCGGAGUACUGCCACUACGUUGUGAAGAAUAUAAAGCUCAACGACUUCGACCCUAACAAGUCGGUCGACAUAUCCCAGAUAGAGGAGCAACUGACCACGACAAACCUCAAUGGCGAAGUCCUCGUCCCCUACAUGGGCCCUGCUCCUCCACCAAAGACCGGCAAGCACAGAUACGUGUUCUUGCUGUACAAGCAGAAGCCAGGGGUCGAGCCGGAAGCGCCUGCAGAUCGCGCUUGUUGGGGCACGGGUGUCCCGGGAUGGGGCGCCGAAGAGUGGAGCCAGAAAAACGAGCUGCAGUUGCUUGCUGUCAACUUCUUCUACGCGCAGAACGAGGAGCAGUGA